GCAUGCAUCAUAAUAAGUCUGUAAUUCCCUUAUAUACUUUCAUCGUGUUCAAAUAUUCAAAAUUAUUUCCAAUAAGCUUUUACAAAUGUCAUGUCUUCUUUUGUUCUCUUAUGCGUUUGUUGUAAUGGUCACAUUACCUCAUGCUGCAGCACAAAACGAUGACAGCCAAGUAGAUGCUCUGUUGAAGUGGAAAGCAAGCCUUGACAACCAAAGCAAGGCGUUGCUCUCUUCAUGGAUUGGUAAUAAUCCAUGUGGUUGGGAGGGAAUCAGAUGUGAUAAUAACUCUAAAUUCAUCUACAAGAUAAAUCUCAACAAUAUGGGAUUAAGAGGAAGAAUUCCAAAGGAGCUAGGAAAUUUAGGUUCAUUGCUCCAACUUUCAAUAAGUAACAAUCGUCUUUUAGGACAAGUUCCUGUACAAAUUGCUUCAUUGCAGAAAUUGUAUAACUUGGAUCUUUCAUCAAACAACUUAAGUGGUUCUAUCCCAAAACAAGUUGGAAAGUUGUCAAUGUUAUUGCACUUGAAAUUGGGCAAAAAUAAAUUUGAAGGAAACAUUCCUAGUGAGAUUGGAGAACUAAAAUAUAUUGAAGAUCUUGAUCUUAGUGGAAAUGUUUUGAAUGGAACCAUACCAACAAUGCUGGGACAGUUAAAUUCUUUAGAAACAUUGAAUCUGUCACAUAAUAACCUUUCUGGUGUCAUUCCCUUUAGUUAUGGUGAUAUGUUAGCCUUGACAAUUGUUGAUAUAUCAUACAAUCAAUUGGAGGGUCCGAUUCCAAGCAUUUUAGCCUUCCAAAAAGCUCCAAUUGAAGCAUUCAGAAAUAACAAAGGCUUGUGUGGUAAUGUUUCUGGCCUAAUGUCCUGCUCAACAUCAACUGGAAAAUUUCAUAGUGAUAAGACCAAAAAAGUUUUGGUGUUAGUUUUAUCCCUCACUCUAGGCACUCUGUUGUCAGCAUUAUUUGUUUAUGGGAUCAAAAUAUCCUAUCGUUGUUGUCGAGCUUCAAGAACAAUCGAAUGCAAACCUACUGAAGAGUCACAUGAUCAAAACCUAUUUGCAAUAUGGAGUUUUGAUGGAAAAAUGGUGUAUGAGAAUAUUAUUGAAGCCACAGAAGAGUUUGACAACAAUCAUCUCAUUGGGGUUGGAGGGCAUGGAAGUGUUUACAGAGCAGAGUUGCUUACAGGACAAGUUGUAGCUGUGAAGAAACUUCACUCAUUGCAAAAUAGAGAAAUUUCAAAUCUGAAAGCUUUUGCAAGUGAGAUCAAAGCUCUAACAGAAAUCCGACAUCGAAACAUUGUGAAGUUGUAUGGGUAUUGUUCACAUCCAUUGCAUUCGUUUUUGGUUUAUGAGUUCUUGGAGAAUGGCAGUGUGGACAAGAUCUUGAAAGACGAUGAGCAAGCAACUAGAUUUGAUUGGAAUAGAAGGGUGAAUGUCAUUAAGGAUGUUGCAAAUGCUUUAUGCUAUAUGCAUCAUGAUUGUUCACCUCCUAUUGUUCAUCGCGAUAUUUCGAGCAAGAAUGUCAUUUUGGAUUUGGAAUAUGUAGCUCAUGUCUCAGACUUCGGAACAGCUAAGUUUCUAAAUCCGGAUUCAUCCAACUGGACCUCUUUUGUUGGAACAUUUGGAUACGCUGCUCCAGAACUUGCAUACACAAUGGAAGUAAGUGAGAAGUGUGAUGUGUACGGUUUUGGAGUAUUAAUCUUGGAAAUAGUUUUUGGAAAGCACCCUGGAGAUUUUGUAUCAACAAUGGUGCAAUCAAGUGGUUUAGGUGUUGAAAUUGAUGACUUGUCAUUGAUUGAUAAGUUGGAUAAACGUCUCCCUCCUCCUAGGAAUUAUAUUGGGAAAGAUUUGGUAUCAAUUAUAAGGAUUGCAUGUCAUUGCUUGACAGAGAGCCCGCGCUAUCGCCCUACAAUGGAACAUGUUUGUAAGGAGAUUGUAAUGUCAAAGUCAUCUUCAAGGGGUUAAGUUUGUACAUAAUAUCAUCAAUAAAGCAAAUGAGUGGUUUUUACUAUAGGAUAUAAGUUUUAUUUUCAGAAUAAACUAUACCUAAGAGUCAAUGUUGUAUUGAUAAUUCUCUCUUGAACUUAUAUCGUAAAUCAUACAUAUUCUUUUACGUC